AUGGCUACCAUUUCAGCACCACAAACACCGAACCUGAACGGAGGGCAGAUGGUCGACCCUUCGCGGCCAGGCGACUAUCCCAUACUCCUGGGGGACAAGCUGGCGGGGAGGGACAAUGCAAGAGACCGUCGGUUUGUGAAUGUGACGUACAACUACAAAACCAAGGGCAGCACACCGCAACAGAAGACGACCAUCUACUCAGCCGGGGCGCCAGACCGAUACAAACUGACGAUACAGGCCAAGGCAGGCAAUGCUGAGCAGACAGACCUGACCUAUGUCUACAGUGGUGGAGUCGACCCGGAAUCGUCAUCUUCUACGGCUUCAAAGUCGGAGAACAGCAAUCUAGUGCUAAUAUUUGACCCAAAACGCAAGGCGUUCAUCCUUGAACCGGUCUCGACCAGAUUGAACUUCAAUCUGAAAUCGGCGCCGGGGAAGACGGAUCGACAAGUUUCGGAGCAAUACCCCCAAUUGAGCACUUCUUUUUCAAACAAUGACCAGUCUGCGGGGGAUAAACAGGCGGAGAACGAGAGCGAAGAAGAGGAUGUAGGACCAGCUGAUGAAGAGAAUCCAUACGACUUCAGGCACUUUCUCCCCAAGAAGAAGACGGAGGAAAGCAGCAGCAGCAGCAAACAGAAUGCCGUGGAAUCCAACUCAACGCCCGGAACCCCAGAUCCUCAUCAUGUCGUGAGCAGCAAAUCCGCAGCACCCCGAUCAGUGCCGGCAGCACCGUCAGCGGCAGCUCCUGCAGCGGCCAAACCAAAACCAAAGCCUAAGCCAAAACCUGCGCCAAAGAGCAAAGCCAACCCGCUCCGUCCUCCGAAGCAGCGGAAUCCCAAGGCUGCGGCUACCGUGGCUGCUACCGCUACUAGCAGGGAGAGCGCGAAUGCGAAUGUGAAUGCAUCUAAGAAGGCCAAGGAGCCGGAGGAACCAGCUGCACCACCCGUUGCUAUCGCACUCCCACCUAAGCCUGAGUUUGUUGAGGACACGAUCAUGCCGUCCGUGGAAACGCCAGAUCUGGUUGGAGCGUACUCUGCCUCUGACGAUGAACCCAAACGACUGGCCGGGUCACCUGGCAGCAACAUCAUCGUGGAUGGAGAUCUGAUCAUCGACCUGGGUUCACCUCCGCCACAACGACCACCAUUCAAGAUCGAUCCUAGCCACUUUGCAUCCAAUAACACCUCUGCCAACGAGGCAGGCUACCGCAGCGAUGACGAGGAUGACGUAGAAGAACCUCGGCCAUCGUUCUUUGGCAGACGACCUGUGCAAGAAGAGGAGGAAGAGGAGGAAGAGGAAGAAGAAGACGAAGAUGAGACCAUGGAAGAUGCGCAGCCUGCCAAUCACGCGGACGAAGACGAGGAGCCAGCAGACUUUGAAGACGAUCUGGUGGCCGAGAUGGAAGCAGCGCUUGAAGAGAGUGCCCGGGAAGAAGAAGCAAGGCUGGCGAUGGAGCAGCAGCAGCAGCAUCGACAUCGAUACGUCAACCAUGUCGAGAGUGAAGACGAGAGUGAAGUCAGUGAAGAAGAGUGA